GGGAGGGCCAGGAGGGGAGGUUGGAAACUGGGGCUGAAGACCCUAAUAUUAAGCGUCUGGGGCCAGAUCUGUCAACACACACCUUGCCAGUCAGACUCUGCCCCCUUCCCCGAAGAACGGGAGGCCUUCGAGGGUCAGUUUUCUAGCCUGUAGCUGAGCACCCCAUAUUCCCUCCAGGAUCAUGACGUGUGGGGUAAAGCCAUCAUGGCAGGGAAUGUGCAGCAGGGUCCCUUUUUUGGAAGGGAGGGGAGCAGACUCAGAAGGUGCUGAUUUUGGAGGCCCCGAUUCAGGGGUCCUUGAGUACUGGGGCAGUAUCCAGCACCUCUGCUUCUGGUUCAAGUGAUCUUGCCAGGCCCUGGUUGGAGUUGGGUGCCCAAGCUGCUCUUCAAGGUGGAGAGGGGAGGGCUAUUGAUGGCUACUAGGCCCAUAGCUGUCAACCUUCCCUUUUUUUGGGGGGGGGGGAAAUUCCCUUAUUCCAGCUUCCCGCUGCUAUCCUGGAUUGUUAGAUAUCCCGUAGACUGUCCCUGGGACAGGUAAGGCUGCUGGUCCCUUAUUUUUGAGGCUGCUGAUCCCUUCUUUUCAAAUCUGACAGUUGACAGCUAUGACUAGGCCUGAUGGCUAUGCUUAGCAUCCAUGCUUGGAGGCAGCAAGGUUGCAGGUUCGAUCCCUGUAUGGGAUCAAAUCCUGCUUGGGGGUUUCACAUUGAGGCCACAUUGAGGACAGGAUCAUAGCUGUCAACUUUCAGAUUUGAAAAUAAGGAAUCAGCAGCCUCACCUGUCCUGGGGAUAGUCUAUGGGAUAUCUAACAAUCUAUGAUAGCAGCAGGAAGCAGCACUGGAAUAAGGGAAUUUCCCACAAAAAAAGGGAAGGUUGACAGCUAUGGACAGGAUGCUGAACUCUGAUUGGUUAUGAAGGCUCUUCUUCUGGUCUUGUGACCGGGGCACGGCAGCACUUUCACCCCCCCAUUCUGACCAGCUACCUAUGGCAGUCAGAGCAAAUGGGCUUUGGAGACACCAGCUCACACUGGUUCACUUUGGAGACAUAGAAGUCAACAGGUCUUCUAUGGCAAGUCUUCCCACAUGAGAGCGUCAUCGGCCAGCCACACACUGCAGAGGUUGCUAUCUCUUGGACAUUAUGUGAAGGAGCCGAUGGGUUCUGUGAGGGAGGCAAUGCUGUGGACGUGACAAAAAUAGCCACCAACCGCUUUUCCCACCUCACGGUUUCGGCGGUGGCCAUCUUGAACCCAGAGAAACAGGGAAAGAGAAGCGAGUGAAGGGGUGUCUUUGCAGUCGCAGAGGUCUAAAAGCCAGGCAAACGUGUUGAGUUUUACACGGGGGAAAGAUGUCACCCGCUCCUCCUGGUAGAUUCUGCAAAUAAAACAGGUUUUUUAAUCAAGAAGGAAUGGAAGGAGCGGACAAGCAGAAAUGGCCCCAGGGAGCUCACAGGCCACAUUUCCGAGGCUAUUUCUAAUUUUCUGUAUGAUUCUGACAGAGGAGAGUCCCGCUUUUGGAAAUAAUAAUAAUAAUAAUAAUAAUAAUAAUAAUAAUAAUAUUUUAUUGUUUAUAUGCCACCAAUCUCUGGGCAGCUUCCAACAAAUUAAACAUAGUAAAACAGCAAACAUGGGCUGCCCUUCUAAAAUUCAGAUAGUUAAUUCCUUGACACCUGACGGGAUGGCAUUCCACAGGGCAGGCAUGAUUACCAAGAAGUCUUGCUUCCCCUUUCCUGCCCAGGUGACAUUCACUGAACCUUUUCAUACCUGGGACCCACCUUUAACCUAAACAUGUUUGGGGACCCAGUUCUUUAUUUUUUUACUGCAACAUAAAGGCCAUUACUUAACAACACAAGGGCACUGUGGCAUUUCUUCAUUUUGCAACACCAGUUUGUGCUGCUGCUGUGACCCACCCUCCCUUAGGGGUCCCAGUCUGCAGGCUGAAAGCCAGUCCUUUAAAAACAGGACCUGCCAAGUUUCCUUCACCAAUGCCCCCUCACCAGGGCAGAAAAGAGGGACCCAGAACCUAAAUGCCCUUCUCUCUGCGCCCCCUCCUCUGCAAAGCAGAACCAAUAGCAGGCUGGAGCCAGGCCAAAGAGUGGCCCACCUGAGCCCAGGUAGCAGAACACUUGGGCCUCUCGUGAUUGGCCGGCUAUACCUUCCCUAGAACAGGUUGUUUACUCUGCAGGCCAAUUGGAGGCUUAGGAAGAUGUUUCUGUUGGGGGUGGGGCUUGAGGGCCCCUCAGACAAAGCUGGAAUCUCAAGUCGCCCGGCCGGCCGACCCACCACUGACAUAACCUCACCAUGGUGCUAGAACUCUACCUAGAUAUGCUCUCCCAGCCCUGCCGGGCGGUCUACAUCUUUGCCAAGAAAAACAACAUCGCUUUCAUGAUGAAGAACAUCGAGAUGCUUAAAGGUAACUGGGAUUUUUGGGGAGGGGGAUUCCUAGUGUCCCUUUUUCCUCCUCCGUGACCCAGUAACACCCUUCCCCAAAAGGUUUUUCUGGAACUUCGCCUUUCCCCUGACCUUCUUUCUAGACCCACCUUGGAAGCACAGUGUGUGGAGAGAGAAAGUGCCUCCUUCCCUCCCCCCCCCCGGGUUUGCAACUGCGGGGGACCAGAGGGAAGGAAGAAUUCAGCACACUCGCUCAAAAUCACAAUGGACACAAUUGGUCUCUUCUAUAGGCUGCCCCUAUGGAGGAGGCAUGGGAUGCGGGUGGCGCUGGGGGUUAAACCACAGAGCCUAAGGCUUGCCGAUCAGAAGGUUGGCGGUUCGAAUCCCCGUGACAGGGUGAGCUCCCGUUGCUCGGUCCCUGCUCCUGCCAACCUAGCAGUUCGAAACCACAUCAAAGUGCAAGUAGAUAAAUAGGUACCGCUCCGGCGGGAAGGUAAACGGCGUUUCCGUGCACUGCUCUGGUUCGCCAGAAGCGGCUUAGUCCUGCUGACCACAUGACCCGGAAGCUGUACACCGGCUCCCUUGGCCAGUAAAGUGAGAUGAGCGCCGCAAUCCCAGAGUCGGCCACGACUGGACCUAAUGGUCAGGGGUCCCCUUACCUUUAUGGAGGAGGCAAAAGCUCAUGCUCUGCCAUGAUAUAUAAUGGAGCCUUCCUGUGCAGAAGAAGUCUACCUUUGAGCCAUUGGUUGCUAGGAGGAAACAGCAGAUGAGGAUGGUGGGCUGUCUUCAUGACCUGCUUAUGAGCUUCCCAAAGGGAUGGAAAGGGGUGGGGGUCCCAUCCAGCAGGACUCUUUUUUUGUUAUUUCCCCACUCAACCCUCUUGAGUGCAAAGCCUUGUCAAAUUUUGUAAGGGGUUGUGAUGGUCUCCGAUUAAGCCCUCAGCCCAUAUGGGUGUCCCCUGGUUUCAGGCACCAAAGUGCUCCUUUUGAACAUAACCCAUCAGACCAGGCAACAGAGUUAAUCAGCCAAAAGAUGUAAGGCUGGAGAGGAGGAGGAGGAGGAGGAGGAGGAGGAAGCAAAGUGCAAAAUCUUUGGCAAAUUGACAGAAGCACUGCUCAUGUAAAGUAGGGGCAUCUUCCUCCAGCGGCUGGCCACAAGUCUCCCCCUCUCCCAGGGAAGAACUUAGAACCUUAACUGUGUUGUCACCAACUGCCAGAGGAUGUAAACAAAUCCAUUCCCAUUGUGGGAGCUGCUCUGUAGCUUAAACACCUCCAUGGAUCUCUCACUAGAGCGAUCCACUGCAUGGAUUUUAAUUGUUCACAGCUUUGGAAGCCAACCUGCAUGGGGGGGGGGGAGAGGGUGUAGAUUUCUGCGGGGCCUCAUUGAGUAAUGUUUCUGCUUCUAUUUUAUCCCUUUCAGGACAACAGUUUAGUGAAGAUUUUAACAAGGUCAACAUCUUAAGGAAAGUACCAGUUCUGAAAGAUGGAGACUUUACUUUAGAAGAGAGGUAAGAGCUCAGCAUGUGUGUGUAAAAAAUUAUAUCCCACCCAUCUGGCUGGGUUUCCCUAGACACUUUGGGUGGCUUACAGCAUAUAUAAAAACACAACCAAACAUCAAAUGUAAAAUAUAUAUAUAUAUAUCCUAUACAAGCAGCAAACCAACCAAUAAAUCAAUAGAAACCAAUAAUAACAACAACAAUAAUAAUAAACAGUUUAGAGUUAUGCCCAAAUUAAAAUAACCGCCAACCCCAACUAAACAUUUAACCAACACCAACCCGACAAAAACAAAACAGAUACAGUGGUACCUCUGGUUACGAACGGAAUCCAUUCCGGAAACUGCUCAUAACAUAAGGCACGCUUUCACUAAUGGGGUCUCCCGCUGUGUGCACGCCUCUGGUAUUUCUGCUCGCAUCCUGGGGCUAAGUUCACAACGAGGAGCAGCUACUUCCGGGUUAGCGGAGCUCGUAAGCUGGAGCGUGUGCAACCAGAGGCGUUCGCAACAAGAAGUACCACUGUAGAUAGAGAGAUAGAUAGAUAGAUAGAUAGAUAGGAAAAUGAAUAAAAGAAUUUGGACCACCUGCUGCUUCCUCCUCCUCUCCCCCUCCCCCCCAAUCUCUGUGGGGCAAUUUACACCUACCUGGCUAAGGUUAUUACCUUAGGAAAGGUGCCCCUGGCAAGGAUGCUCCUUCUCAAACUCUGCCUUUUGGCCCCACAGCACCGCCAUCCUCCUUUACCUGACCCGGAAGUACAACACACCCAGCCACUGGUACCCACCAGAUAUGAAGAAGCGGGGUCGCGUCGAUGAGUUCCUGGCUUGGCAGCAAAGCACCAUCCAUGUCAGCUGCUCCAAGAUCUUCUGGCUCAAGGUGAGGUUGUGGCUCGGUCCCUCUGCAAGGCUUGGCUGGUCCUGUACUCCACGGAAUUUGGCACCCAGUGCAGUGUCUCUUGUUUAUUUGAUUGAUUGAUUUUACAUACCACCCUAUACCUGCAGCUCUCAGGGCAGUUUACAAAUUUUGUGACACCAACAAACAUCUAAGGGGCAGGACCCAACCGUUCAAACUUUGGAGAGCACCUGGUUGGGCUGUGAACGAGUCUCUGACAUUUGCCUGACCAAACGAACCCAUUUUGGAGGGCAGAUAUGCCCCCGUGACAAUAUGCUGUUGGGGCCUCGUAAUGUGAAAUGAAGGACAUGAGGCAGGAGUUAGUAAUGCAGGUGAGCUGUGCACAAGUAAGCUGCCAGCUAGCUCUGUUGAGGCUCUUUUUAUUGGCACAAUAUGCAAAACCAGGCAGAUACAUUUUGGACUGUGACCUUUACACAUCUUCCAAUCCCGAGAUUGAGGGGUGGUACAAGGUUAUUUUGGCACCUGUUUCCACCGCGUCACUUUCCCCUCGCACAAUGUAUGAUGAAGGAGACAAAGGUCACAGAUAGGGCACGGCAGACCACUAAGAGAGCAAAAGGGUAGAUAGAGGGCAAGAUGUUCAGACAGCUGUGGGUUUGUCUGGGGGGGGGGAGUGUGCUCCGCACCCCAAGGUCACAUGUGCCGACAGCUUAGGCUGCCCACGGGCGGAAGUGUGCUCCACACCCAGCGAUCAUUCCUACAGUAAUGUUAUUCUCUUGUGGUUUGUCCCCACUCCCACCAUGGCUCUAUUUCUGGAUUUUGACCUUUGGUGCUUUUUCCUUGUGGGGCAGGUAGUGAUCCCCAUGUUCAUAAAUCAGCAACUGCCUCCUGAGAAGCUCCACGAUGUCACAGAGGACCUAACCACCAACCUGCAGAAGCUGGAGGAUAAGUUCCUGAGGGACCAGCCCUUCCUCAUUGGUACCGAGAUCUCCCUGGCGGACCUGGUGGCCAUCGUGGAGCUCAUGCAGGUCAGCCCUGGGGAAAUCAAAGGAAAAGGAGUCUUCUCCCUCCUGCUCGAGGGCUUCCUUGAAAGGGGACCUGCCGGAGGUCUUUGGGGUGGAGAUCAGGAGGAACAAUGGAGGCCUGAUGACUGCAUAUGCCCCCUCUCUCCCUCUCCAGUGCAUGGGAGCCGGCUGGGAAACCUUCGAGGGCCGACCCAAGCUUCAGGAGUGGCGCAAAAGGGUUGAGGUGUUCCUGGGCAAGGAGCUAUUUGCGGAAGCGCACGCACGGAUCCUGAACAAUCAAGAGAUGAGGAACAUGACCAUUGACCCAUCACUCAAAGUCCAACUGAAGCCCUUUCUCUUGAAGAUGAUGAAAUAAAAUGGGCACUACAAGCUCCUCCCUCCGCUCUGGUAUUUCUCAAUUCCUGGGUUUUUCCGCUUUGCCCUGUCAGGGAGGGGGUCCACGUUUUCUGCCACGGGGUGACUGGUUGUUAUGCACAUGCGAAAGAACUCACUGACACCUUUUGCAAAUUAAAUGUAGAAAAAAAAUAACCUGAAAUGCU